GUUAAAAACCCGGCGGAAUACGGAGCCCAGACAACGCGAUACGGAAACAAAAGCUUCAGGACAAGGAGAGAGAGAGAGAAGAGGGGGAGAGAGGCUGAAUGGCCGCGACCGCGGAGGAGGCGUCGACGGCGGCGAGGAGCCGGCCAGAGGAGGAGGAGGAGAGCGAUUGGGAGGAGGAGGAAGAAGCGAUGGCGGUGCUGGACUUCGACAUGCUGUGCGCGUCCGUGGCGAUGUCGGCAGAGAGGAGGAAGAGCUCCGGGAUGGCAGCGGUGGCGGCGUGCGCGGGGGGCGGCGAAGGGGCUGCCGGCGGGGUGCAGCGCAUGUGGGAGGGGGAUGUGGUGCUCGAUUGCUUGGAGGACAGACGAAUCGCGCUCGAGGCCGCCUGUUGUCCAUGCUAUAGGUUUGGCAAGAACAUGCGGAGAGCCAAUCUCGGAUCUUGCUUCCUUCAGGCAAUGGCCUACUUCAUUUCGUUAGUUUCUGUUCUGGUCAGCCUAAUCGCCUUUUCCGUAACGAGGCACCAUAUAUAUUUAUACAUGGGACUUGGCUCUGUUCUCUUGAUAGCAAUCUACACCGGUUAUUUCCGAAGAAGAAUCAGGAAGCAGUUCAAUAUCCGGGGUACUGAUAGCAGUCUAGAUGACUGUGUUCUCCAUCUAAUCUGUCCUUGUUGUACCCUGUGCCAGGAGGCGAGGACUUUGGAGAUGAAUAAUGUCCAGUGUGGCGUCUGGCACGGCCGGGGUGAUACCAUUUGUUUAGGGAGCAACGGUGAAGGGAAUAAGGCAUUUGCUGCUCUACACAAGUCCCCAUUUGUGCCUAUAAAAUCUCCAGAGUUGUGUGGCAUGGACCGAAUAUCAAAUGGUGCUGAUGAACAUCAGCCGCUUGUUCCAUCAGCCCAACUAGAUCAGGAGUAGUUAAGGAGUAUUGCAUUUGUAUCAUCUUGGCCUUUGCAGAACGCCAGAAAGAACUGGCGGACUCUGCGGCGUGUUCUCGAAAGAAAAGAAAGGAAUACAUGGAUUGCCCUGUUGUAUCAAGUCUGAAAUACUGGUUUGACAGCACAACCUACUGGCAUGUUGUUGUAAACACGUAAUGAAAACUUUAUCGUGCAAUUAGGUUCAGUGCCGGGUAUCUAUCUCGAGGCUUAUGUACGAAUCCAACUGUAAAUUUCUCUUGAUACUGAUAUACGGAGUAUGAGUUUCGGUGACAUACGGCAUGAAUGAAGUGGGAUACUCACA